GGAGUACGACCCAUCGCGCUAGCUAGUGUGCUGAAACAAGGCCUAGCAAUUGUUGGGCAUGCGCUGAUACUAAGAAUCUACCGUGUCUAUUUAGCCAACAGUCUUCCAUCACUUGUAACCGCACUCGGACUUCCUCAUCAAUACUCCUUUUGAGCUGCUCGUAGCACAAAUGGCACUUUGUAGUUGUAAGAUGCCCAUUGGAUUUCGGAACAGCGCUCCUGCCGCCGCCAGCAGACGAUACCGUCAACGGACGACGAUUGUGGCUGCUCUGCCCUCGAUCCCUUCUGACACCGCCGGCACGAGCACCAGCUCAAAUGUUGACGUAACCAGACGCGCGGCAAUGCUUUCUGGAGUUGCGGCAUCUUUUGCGUACCUGCUGCCAGCAAACGCUGCGCCACAGCCUACUGAGGACCAACUUGCCCAACAAGGCGUGGAAGAGUACUCCCGUCUCGAGGCGGAAGGCAAGCUGAAAAGCUUGAAGGCCCUGGAUAGCGUGAGGGCGAAAUACAACUUUAAACGCGGCCCCGACGGCCGCGUCUUCCUGCGCGGCUCCAAGGGCGGCUACUACGCGGUGCGGCUGGACAUGGAGGUGCCAGGUGCGCUGCUGUUCCGCAACGAAUCGUCCGGCGAGAUCUACGCGCUGCAGACGGAGACGGUGCAGCAGGUGGACCUCAGCAAUGACAUGAUUGUCAUCAUGCUGUUUGCGGACGGCAACUGGGAGCAGGACAUGAGCCCCAUCACCUACGACGGCGACGAUGGCAAGGUGCAGACGCUGACCAUGACGGACACGCAGUUCCGCAACGUGAUCGGGCUCAUAUCGCAGGCGGAGGGCGGGGAGGACGGCAAGGAGCAGUAGCCGGGGACUGAGAGGGGGGAAAGAGGCGUUGGAGGGAUGGGGUGGCUUGGGAUAGGCAGGUACUUGGGACGAUGGAGGGUGGGACAUGAGCGUCGCAGGCAGUGAGGAUAGCCGCGCAGGAGUCGCAGCAGCAUGUCAGGGCUUCGGCCUUGAAAGCAUGCAAGAGGAACAGCGCAGGGUUGUGUUCCAAGUAGAUAGGAUGGUGUUUCUGGCACCGGUAUGCAUAAAGGUGAAGCGCCUCGGAGUGCUCGGGUCGCUUCUCAUGUUGUUGUGGAGCCCCGCCGCAAGGCGCGGCGCUAGUGUUGGUGGUAGUAUAGGCGUCACAGCAGUAUGAGUGAUCGUUUUCGCAUCUACAUGCCAUGGUGACCUUCUUCCGUAGGAGGAUGAGAGACGAAGGAGAUGGGGGUUAUGCAGGGCCUUGGAAGAGACGUAGCUAUUCUAAGCUGAAACUUUGCGACGUCUCCCUAACGUACAUGUCGUACAGCUGCGCUUAUUUCAGUUGCUGCCUCUGCUGGUACCGCCUCUUGAGUAUUGGCGUUUUAGAGUAUGGGCGUGCGUCGUCCAGCUAGUAUACCGAGUAGGAACAGCGUUGAGCCAUCGUGUUCGUUAGAAAUUGAGGGCUUGCCACUCUGGCACGAGAGAGUCGCCCUGUGUUUCAGCAUUAGCAGUUGCGGAUCGGCCCUUGGGACCGUAGCUGGUAACACCCCCCUCAGACCCUCUCGAUGUUAGGGAAGUAAAGUCAAAGCUGCAUAAGUGCUGCUGCCUGAUGACAAGUCCCUAGCCUUCCAUGGUCGCACGCCGUAUCAACUCCCUUGCAGCUACCUACAGUGCCAUCAGCAAAAUAUUUUAUACUUGAUUGCUCUUAAGCUAUGUAGCAUAACCUAUGUAGCUGCACCUAUAGAAUUUAGGAGAAUGCCCUCAACGGCUCUCUCAAACUUGGAGCCUUCAGCGGCAGUUGGUAUUCUUGUGCAAUUACUGGGAUCCGCUUCGGCGGGUAAUGAUGUGUCAAGCGUUGUGCCGGAGUUGAUCCAGUAUGUCUUCAGCCGGCCUGGAUCAAGCGCGCACGUCCGCAAGCUCGCAUACGAGGUCUGCAGACAUGCAAACCUAUCCGAAUCAGACUGUGGACGCCUUUGGGAGAGUGUUGCUAACGACGCCAACUGCAGCGACCCGGAGGUGGUAGCAGCGGCUUUGCGGUUUCUUACCUGCGUCCCUCCGUCGGAGUUAGCAAACCGCUUGGUAGUGGGGCAAGUCGCGGAGCUGCUGGUGCCAUGCCUCUCUGCGGAGGCGGCAGUUGUGAGGGCUGCAGCCGUUCAGACGCUGUGCCAUGUACUGCUGCUGCCGGAGGUGCAGCAGGCGGCCGCGGGCAGUCAAGGCCUCGCCCACGCCUACGAGGGCCUGUGGGACGCCCUCACGGACUCCCUGCUGGACGAGCGGCCCUUCGUGGUGGGCCUCGCAGCCGCCGCCACCGCACAGCUGCUGGCCCUAGGCAUCGACGAUGACGUCGGCAGCUUCAGCUCCUCCGGCGCCGGCACCACCGGCUCCAGCCCCAGCCCCAGCGCCGGCACCACCUCGCCCGCGGGCUUCAUGAUGUCCCGCCUCGCCGACCGCGCAGCCCAGCGCCUGGCGACUGCGCUGGGACCCGUGCUGGAGACGUGCGGGCUGGUGCCGGCGCCGGGGCAGGUGGCGGUGUGUGACAUGCUGCUAGCGCUCACGCAGCGCAUGCUGGUGCAGACCCUGCGACCCGCGGCUGCGCCACCGCCGCCAGGCAUCCCCGUGCCCACGCUGCCGGCACUGGUGGCCUCUGCGGUGUCGUACCUAUCCACGCUGCUGCACUCCGGCGACGUGGCGGCGCGGACGGAGGCGUGUGGCGCGGUGCUGGCGCUGGCGGCGGACCUGGCGGCGGCGGGUCCUGCCGCUGCGGGUGCGGCUGCGGGUCUGCCGCAGUCUCUGGUGCUGGAGGCGGUGCAGGGGCUGCUGGAGCUGCAGGAGCGGGAGAUGGUGGAGGCGGGGCUGGCGGACAUGGGCGAGGCGGUGGCGGCGGCGCUGCCGGCGCUGCAGCCAAGUGCCCGAGCCCACGUGCUGCACAAGCUCUGGCCGCUGGCCAGCCGCAUCGCCGACGUCUCACGCCGCGCCCGGGUCUUUUCAACCGCCUGGAGCGCCGCAAUCGCAUCGGAAAUGGACACCCGUACAGGUAGCGGAGAGCCCAAGGCGACCGACGUCGUGGUUUCCACGCCUGCACCUGUCGCCAACCCGCUAGCAGCGCCCUCGGACCCCCUGGCUGGGCUAUCCGCAGUGGACGCGACGGCCCAGGCUGCUGCCGGCGGUGCGGCCCAAGCUGCCCAAGGGCUGGUGACAGCGGUGCCGGCUUCCUGCAGCGUCUCCGCCCAGCUGGGGGAUCCCUUUGUGGGGCUGCUGCUGUCCGGCAAGGUGCCGACCACGGACGUCAGCAGCGCUGCGGCGGCGGCGCAGGCUGCCGCGGCCGCGGCGGCAUCCUCUCCCACCGGCAGCUCCCUGAUCAACGCAGUCACCUCCAUGGCGCGCUCAGCCCCUCCUCCGCCGCAACCGGGGCCCCUAACGCUGGCGCGGGCUGAGACCGGCCUCUCCGCCGGCGGCCCCUCCUCCCCGGUCGCUGCGCGCUCUCCGGAACCCACCAGCAAAAAGGCCGACAAGAAGGGCGGCAUGCUGGGGGGCCUGUUCGGCCGCCAUAAGGCCAAGGCGCGUGGUGUUACCGAGGCAGAGGCCGAGCGGGCGGCGGAGCGGGAAGCGGCGGCGGCUGCCGCCGCGGCGUCCUCAGCGGCCGCCUUGGCCAUGCAGGCGGCAGCGCAGCGCCCGGCGCCGCAAUCACCGCCUCAGGCGCCGAAUGUGGUCAGCAGUAGCAGCAGCCCCUCCGUGGACGGAAAGUCCGUGGCCGGAGCUGCUGCGGAGGCGGCAGCGCUUGCGGCCGCCAGGACGGUCCCCACCUCCACGCUGCGUCACGAGCUGCUGCAGUGCCUGCUGCAGCAGCUCGCCCGCCACCCCGCAGCAGCAGCGGCCGCAGAGCUCUGCGCGGAACGCGCCGCCGCCGCGCGCCACGACCGCCACCCCCCAUCCGCAUCCCCCUCAACACAGCAGCACCAGCCCCCUGGUCCCUCCACCGCGCCCGCACGGCGCCUGACCGCCGUCGCGCAGUGGGUUGCCAUGGUGGCUGACGUGCUGGCGGCCUGCGCUGCCUGUGUGGGCUGGGAGCCCUACGUGGCGCCCGGCAUCACGGCGCAACCCUGUGCCGCGGUUGCGGGUUGCGCCCCCGUGGACUUCAACAGCCUCACGGGGGACCUCUGGUUGGCGCUGCUGCAGGCGGCGGUGCAGGCGGCGGGUGCCGUACAGGCGCAGCUGGGAAGGCUGGUGGCGGAGGCGGUGGACGCGGCCGCGGCGGUGGCGGUGGAGGCGGCGGAGCUGUCGCAGGUUACGUCGUAUGCGGGCAUGGGGUACGGCACGCCGUACGGGAUGACGCCACUGGGGGGCGGCUUGGCGGCGACGUCGGUUGGCGCGUCGGCGCCGGAUGCGGCAGCUGCGGUGGAGGGGUAUUACCGAGGGCUGCUGUCGCACCUGGAUGGGAAGGCGGUGGUGCUGCAGAACCUCAUCGAAAAGCUGCUCACCAGCUGGCCCUCCCUCAGCGCCGCCGUGCGCCCCCGCGUGGUCUGGCUCGCCGCGCACUGCCUCUCCCUGCCCUGCCACUGGGACGCGCGCUGGGAGGCGCUGCUGGACGCCCUAGCCGCGGUGCUGCUGCGGGGCACCGACGUCCUCACCGCCGCCCGACGGCUGGACGUCAUGGGCUCAGCGCUGGCCGGCAGCCUCUACAAGGCCGGCCGCCAGGCCUGGGCCGAACCCUCGCGACCCUUCCUCUUCGACAUCGCCGCCGCCUCCGCGCUGUGUGAGGCGCCCGAGUACGAGACCGCGGGGCUGCUGGCGGCGCUGGCGGCGGUGCAGCACCUGGCGGCCCGGCUGCUGAACGACAUAGCGGAGGCGGUGCCGCGGGGGGCGGCGGGGGCGGCACAUGGGCAGGCGGCGGCGGUGGCGCGGCGGCUGGAGGGGCUGGUCAGGAGCUUCAUUGGUAAUGGCGGCGGAGGCGGGGGGGAGGCGGCGGGUGCGCCGCAUGUGCGGGACUGGUGCAAGCGCGUGCUGCGGUGUCUAGCGGUGGUGAUGAGCUACACGCCGCCGGCGACACUGCCUGCCACGGUGGCGGCGCUGGGGCUGAUCGCCAAGCAGGCUCACGAGGCGGACGGCACCGCUGCCCCCGCCGGUGACGAGGACGACGACAGCUCCUCCGACGCCUCCUCCGCCUACCACCCGGAGGAGACGCCGCAGCACCUGCCGCCGGCGCUGGCUGCGGCAGCUGCAGCGGCAGUGGCCGCAGCCACCUCGGCAGCCGCGGCCGGGCGGGCCACCGAGGCGCAGGGCCAGCAAGCACAAGCUGCCGCUGCUGCUGCGGCGGCGGCGGCGGUGCCUGUAGUCGCUGGCAAGGUGGUGACGGCUAACGGGGGCGGCACGGAGGGCGGCGCAGGAGGGCCGGAGGACGCGGGGCGACUGCGUGGAGGCAGCGUGGCGGUCGGCAGCUCGUAUGUGGUGCACUCCGCCGCCGCCGCCGUGCCCAUGUGGGGCUACCCCUUCGCCUCGCUCUCCAGCGGCGCCCUCCACAACGCCAAGCGCGCCCGCCGCCACCGCGCCAUGCUGCAGCACCUCGCAGCAGGGGCAGCCGCAGCAGCCGCACCCCGACCCGCGCUGGCGGCGGCGCUGCGGUCGCUGCAACCCCCGGAGGAAGACGGCACCCUCCCUGGCGCCUCUCCAGCCGCCGGCCCCGCGCUGUCUUGCCGUACGGCGUACCGGCUGGACAGCGAGGCGUUCUGGUCGGCGCUGCCGUACACGCACACGCCCUGGCAGGAGCUGACGGGACCCGCGGACCCGGUGCUGCUGCGCGGCUGCUUCGUACGGCCGGACCCGGCGCGGGGCGACCUGGGCACGAUCACCGUCAUGCUGAGCGCCGUGAACAGGCUGCCGGUGGAGGUGUCCGACCUGGAGCUCAGCCUCAAGACCGGCGGCCCGCUGCUGGCGGCUGGCCGGCGGGGCGCCUCCUGGCUGCUGCCCAGCCUGGGGCCGCAGGACCGCGCGGUUACCUCGUUCACGUUCAAGGUGCUGGGUUACGGCGACCUGCAGCUGCACGCGCGGCUGCAGCUCAGUCCCGGACCCGCGCGCACGGACGCUGCGCCGCUGCAGCUGAGCUGCAUGCCGCUGGAGGUGCCGCCGCCGCUGCUGCUGCGGCCGCCGCAGCCGGUGCCGGACGCGGCGGAGUUUUUCAGGAGCUGGGGCAGCCUGCCGGCGCGCGCUGAGCUUAACGGCGUGUGCACCUGGUCGGGUCCCGAGGGCGGCGCGCUGCUGCUGUCCUCGCUGCUGCGCCAGCCGCUGGGCUGCUGCUGGCUGCAGCACGUGCCGGCGCUGUGCGGCUUCCAGGCCGCCCUCGCCGCCGCCACCGCGCCCGGGGACAGCCUGGCGCUGCUGCUCACCACGCAGCUGCUGCCGCCGGCGGCACCGGGGGGCAGCCCGGAGACCUACUGCAGCCUGGCAGUCCGGUCCACCUCCCACGACCUCGUCCUCAGCCUGCAGAGCAGCGCAGCCGCCUGGUUCAGCCACCUCACCGGCGGCGCGGCCUGCCUGGGCAGUGCGGGUCGCCCCGCGCAGCCCCCCGCCUCCGUCGCCAAGCCGCCGCUGCACCCGCGGGUUGCGGCGCUGCUGCAGUCGUACUCCGCGAGCGCCGCGCAGCUGGCAGUCAGUGCGGGUGGCGGCGGUGGCAUGACGUCGAUGGGGUCGGUGGGCCUGCCGGCAGAAGUGGCGGCGGCUGCGGGAGGGGUGCUGGCUAAGGGCGCAGGCGGGGUGGGGGAUGCUGGCAAGUCGUGGAUGAGGAGCGCAGCGCUGUCGGAGUGGCAGCGGCUGAAUAGCCUGGCGGUGUGAUGGGGAUGGGGAUGAGGUGGGGCUGGGACAUGGCUAGCUAGCCCCAUGUCGGGGGGAAGGAGUGCCCAAGGUAUGGAGUUUGUGGACGAAGCUUGGCGGGAGGCGCCUCCCACCGUUUCUGUGGCAGGGUAUGUAGGAUUGGGCUGUACGUGGUAGCAGCAUGUGCGCGCGAACAUGUGCAUUGGGCAUGGGGAACUGCGGUCCCCGUGUGCUGCCGGUGCUCGCCAGCGGCCGGGAAAGAAGGUGCAUCCGGUCGGUCAUGGCGGAAGGGUGUGUGUGCCAGGGAUGGCCGUGGGGUUGCUAUGGGAUGGAGACAUGAGAACGGGUUGGGGGCAGCUCGAUCAGCCCUGCAGUACGACGUGGUGAAAAGCCCUAGCGGGCGGACUACAGCCUACGUCGCCCGGUGCCCGCUGCUAUCUGUGAAGAGAUUUUCCAUGCUGUGGGCUUCUGGCAGGGGCACCGGUUCCCCACAUGCUAACGUCGGAUGGGACCAUGGCUUCCUUCGCAGCAGGAACUUGUCCCAGUGAGAUGAAGCAGACGCAGGCGAAGCCUCAUGUCAAAAGGUGGCAUGCAGGACACUGGCACACUCGUUUAGUAAAUGCGAUGCAAAGCUUUCUGAUCGCUUUGGCACGGUUGGUGGUGGGAGGCAAGGCACCCCUGCUGCCCAAUCGUUGUCUACAUGAAAACCUUAAAAGUGCUUCGUAUGCCCCAUGUGUAACCCCACCAGUAUGGGC